GAAGCAGGGGGCCCCGGGGACCCCGCGGUCGGCGGGCAGCGCUGGGGCGGCUCUGGCGGCGAGGGGCUGGCCGAGGCGCGGCGAGGGGAGGGCAGAGCCGCCGUGCCGAGCCGUGCCGAGUCGUGCCGAGCCCCGCGGCACAGAGCCAGGAGGGACGGAGCCGCGACGGGACGCGCCAUGAGCUGCUGAGCCGGGCCGAGCCCCCCGAGCAGAGCCGUGCCGAGCCGUGCGGCAGUGCCCAGCAUGGCCCCCUGGCUCUGGCCGUGCCUCCUGGCUGCCCAGGCCCUGGCCGCCAACUUCCCCCCCAGGUACAGCCUCUACACCGGGGGGUCCGCCCCGCUCAGCCCUGGCCAGGCCGCGGCCCCCCAGGGCCCCACCGCACCCCACGGCGCUGCCCGGGCCGCCAGCCGGCACAGGAACUGGUGUGCCUACGUGGUGACGCGCAGUGUGAGCUGCGUGGUGGAGGACGGUGUCGAGAGCUUCAUCAAGCCGGAUUACCAGCCCUGUGCCUGGGGGCAGCUCCAGUGCCCCCGCAUCCUGGCGUACCGCAGCUUCCUGCGGCCCCGGUACAAGGUGUCCCAGCGGACAGUGUCAGAGCUGGCCUGGCGCUGCUGUCAGGGCUACUCAGGCCCGGACUGUGCUGAGGGGCCGGCACCAGCAUCCCCCCUGCCCACCGGCCACCCCCGGCCCCGGCCCGGCCGACCCACACUCUCUGGUUUUGGCAACCCUCUCAGCGGCUUGGGGGGCGAAGGUGGAGGGGACGCAGAGAAGCUGCGGCGGCUGGAGGAGCAGGUUCGGCGGCUGAGCGAGGAGGUGGAGGAGCUGCGGGCCAGGCGGGAGCCCCCGCAGCGGGCACCGGAUGGUGGCACCGAGCUGGCAGCUGAGACCACCGAAGUGCUGAGCCACGUGCAGCGGCGGUUGGAAGAGCUGGAGAACCGGCUGCCAGGCCGGGAGGGCCUGGGGGCUGCGACGGCACCGGAGCUAGAGCAGCUGCAGGAGGCCUGUGCUGCCUGCCUGGCCGGCACAGAGGGGCUGCGGCACCAGGCGGCACAGAACCGGGAGCGCAUGCAGGCGCUGGAGCAGCUGGUGGGCUCCGUGGACCAGCGCAACCGGGAGGCGGUGGAGACAGUGCAGCGGCACAUCAGCAGCCUGAGCAGCCGCCUGGCCCCCGGUGCCGGUGCUGGUGCUGUGCCCGAUGAGCUGCUCCGGCGCCUGUCUGAGCUGGAGCGGCGGCUGGAGGGGCUGCCUACAGCGGUGGGGCCGGGACCAGUGCUGGCUCGGCGUCUGGCUGAGCUGGAGGGGCAGCUGAAUGCCUCGCGGGCUGGGCCCUGGCCCCCUGAGCCAGAGGGGCGGCCAGGGGGGCUGCCGGGGCGCCUGGACAACCUGAGCCGGGCAGUGGAGGGGCUGGUGGCCAGCGGGGACCAGCACAGCACCCGCCUGACUGAGCUGGAGGGACUGGUGGCCCGCUGUGGCCAGCCCUGCCCUGCAGCCCCCCAGGACGGGCAGGAGGAGCCGGGGGGGCAGCUCAGCCCCCUCCUGCGGCAGCUGGAGCGGCGGCUGCAGGACACUGAGGGGCAGCUGCGGGCACUGGGGGCUGGCGAGGAGGGGCCAGCUGGGACCCUUGGGGGGCUGCGGGGGCUGCUGGGUGCACAGGGGGAGGCUCUGGGGCGGCUGGAGGGGCGGCUGGGCCAGCUGGAGAGCGGGGGAGCUCUGGCCGAGGAGCUGGACCAGCUCCGCAACCGCACAGGGCGGCUGGAGGCUGAGCUGGGGGGCCUGGGUGGCCCUUGCUCUUGCACCGCUGUGUCACCCCUGGAUCUGGAGCAGCUGCGGGCAGAGGUGGGGGCCUGCACGGCCGCCUGCCGCCCGCCCGAGCUGGAGCCGGAGCCGGAACUGGAGCCCGCAUCGGAGCCACCACUGGAGGGUUUCGGGGUGUUUGGGGGCAACUUGCCCUGGGAGCUGCGGGGGCUGCGGGAGGAGGUGACGGCUGCCCUAGUGUCCCUGGGGUGGCUGAACGCCACAGUGCAGGAGCUGCAGGACGUGCUAGAGCAGCAGGACGCCCGGCAGCGCCAGCUGGGCGUCCUCACCGACCGCAUCGUGGCCGAGCUGGACACGGCGGCGGCUGCGGCAGCCGAACGGCAGGCUGAGAGCGAGGAGCGGCUGGAGGGGCUGGUGCGGGAGCUGCAGGCGGGGGGCUGCCCCCCUGGCGUGGAGCCGCGGCUGGCCGUGCUGGAAGGGGUCUGCCAGCAGCUGGAGACAGUGGCUGGGGGGCUGCGGGGGGUCCGCGAGGGGCUGGGCCGGCACGUGGCCGGGCUGUGGGGCGCCGUGCGGGAGCUGAACGGGACGGUCACCGACACCGCUGCCCACCUGGGGAAGGUGCUGGAUGGGCAGCGGGGGCUCAGGGCCAUCAACGCCAGCCUGCAGGAGCUGCGCGGGGAGCUGUGCCGCGGGGGACAGCGGGGAACAGACGGCCCCCCCGGGCCCCCUGGUCCUGCUGGCCCCAGGGGUGAGAUGGGCCCCCCCGGCCCCACUGGCCCCCCUGGCAAGGACGGAGAACAAGGCCCAGUGGGCCCCCCUGGGCUGCCAGGAGAGAGAGGCCUGCAAGGAGAGCCAGGCUCCGUGCCCCGCAUUGCCUUCUCGGCCGCCCUGAGCACGCAACGCACGGAGCCGGGGACCGUCCCCUUCGACCAGGUCCUGCUCAACGACGGCGGCGCCUACGACCCCGAGACGGGCAUGUUCACAGCGCCAGUGUCUGGGCGGUACCUGGUGAGCGCGGUGCUGACCGGGCACCGGGCCGGGCCCCUAGAGGCCGUGCUGGCCCGCUCGGGCCAGGGCAUCGCCCGCCUGGACUCGGCCGGGUUCCAGCCCGAGGGGCUGGAGAAGGAGCCGGGGGCCGCGCUUCCCCCUGCCUCCGGCGCCCUGGGGGUCUUCUCCCUCCUGCUGCCGCUGGCGGCUGGCGAGACCCUCUGUGUGGACCUGGUAUCGGGGCGCCUGGCACACGCCCCCGACGAGCCUCUCACCGUCUUCAGCGGGGCCCUGCUCUACGAAGAGCCAUAGAGACUCCCCACUCCCCCUACCCCCCUGGGGGUCCCCACACCCCGCCGGGACACCCCUUCCCACACCCCGUUAUUUAUCAGCACCCCCCACUCCCCGUUCCCCUGCUGCCACAGCCCUUCCCAACACUGUCCUCCCCCCCCCUUCCCACACACAGACACCCCCCCCCAAAUAAAGACACGGCACCGGGUUUUGUACCCGC